CGAACCUCUGACCCUUACGUUCAACAUGUAGCUUGCAGUGAACCACACCUUUAGGGUGUUUGAUAGAUCCAAUGCCUACGCGCGCAAUCAAGGCCAUAUUCUACACGCGUUUCCAUCAUGAGAAAGGCUCACACGUCCUCCACCAAGUCCCAGCAGGCGCGAUAACGCCUUCGACCUCACCGUCCGCCCUUCCAACACCGCUCUUUCCCUUCUCGUCGGUCACACAAUACCUCAUCCCUACCCAGCAGUUCUGUGAUCGCCUUAUCACCUGCUGCGUCAACCACCACCGCAUCAUCGGCUUUCCAGUGUGCAUAAAGGAGGAAAAGAAGUACGAGAGAAACGAGUUCAUCUUUAACUUUGCUAUAGUCAUUAGCGAAACUGAGGUAGACUGGGCGUGCUAUGGACAGGUAGUGAGGAAGCUGGGCAAACUGCUGAGAGGCCUGGAGGAGCAGGGCGGCUUUCUUAGCAAAGAAGAGGAUGGCGUUUGGGACGACGAGUAUGUUGGCCUCGGGAUAGGCGUUGGUGGUCUAGACGACAGCGUGGGUGGGAGUGGCUUCGGCCUCGGCAGUGGCAGCAAGGUGUAUGCGCUGUGUGAGAUGGUGCUCGAGGACCUCAACAAUUAUUCUGAAUGCAUGAUACCGAUUGACGACUCCAAUACCAUCAAUCUGAAGCUGUUCCCGACAAGACCGCCUCCACCGCCCGUUCACGCGCAUCAAGUCCCUCUCCUCACCAUGUCGCUUGCUGGCCUCCAGUCGCCCAUCUCCUCCGAUCUCACGUUGAAUCGCAUUCUGCCAUACAUCAACGGUGUGAACUCGAUAUCACGUAUUGCUCAGCUUGCGGAUACCGAUCUCUCAUUGACACGAAGAGCCGUACAACAUCUAGUGUACUAUGGUUGCCUGGUGCUACUGGACAUAUUCAGUUUCAGUGCCAUCUAUGCGCCAACGGCAGAGAUUGGUGGCUUCGUUCUGGACGACGAUGUGAAGGAAGAGUGCAUGAGAUACGUCAGGACACCGAAGAUGAGGGUAGGGUCAGCCGCGAGCAAGAGCACAGUUGUGCGAAGCGAGUCUGAAAGAAGCCGUGAGGGACGAAGUUCGAUAUCUUCUUCAGCAUCACAGCGAAGUGAGAGUGCUAGCUCCGCCAUCCACAUCUCAGGCUUCGAUGGCGAGGACCAGCAGGACGAAGAUGAAGACGGCGAGUGGCACAUCGAACACGAAACCUUGAUCACUUUGUACACCUCCCUGCGGCAAGGUCUCACGCUCAAGAGUUGGGUGCUUGACAACCUCGACCUGCUCAGCGGCAUUGACAUUCGCCGGUUCAUUACCUUCGGUGUGAUCAAAGGCUUCCUCUACCGUGUGCACAAGUAUGCAUACGCGACAUCUAUAGCAAUGCCUCCAGCGCCACCGACGAGUCUCCAGACAUCUGCUGCUCCUUCGACGUCGAAUUUGAGAGAUUCUGAUACAGCGACCAUCCGUGGUAACAUUCACCGCCCAUCCAUAUCCAAUCUGCAUUCACAUGCACAGCAUCCUUCGUUCUCGAUACACCGCCCUUCGAUAGCCUCUACAACAAGCCUUAAUCCGCAUUUGGCGAACACUCAACACCACCAUAAAGCGCCAAGUAUCACACGAAACCAAAAUUUAAAGGACAUGGAUGACCUGGUUAGCGAUAGAGAGAGGGAGGUCGGGAUGCAAUUAGUCAACUUCUUAGAUGGCAUGCAUUGCUUCGAUGAGAUUUGCAGCGAUCUGUCGUUGCCGGAGAAGGUCGUCGAGGGCAAGAUCAGGGGAGUCGGUGAGGGUCUCGGAGUGGUCAUACAUCGGUAAUACCCACCUAAGUAGGUGCUACUUUCUAUCAAUGUGCGACGCGCGCCAAUGGACGCAAUCGUAGACCAACACGUGGACCGUUUUCC